AUGCCUAAGAUAGAAGAUUUCUUCAUUGCCAGAAAUCAGCUAGCAUUCACAAUGUGCUGUGCCAAAUGUCUUAUGGUUUUCGCACUCAAGUUACCUCAUAUGGGUGUUAUGAUAUCAAUGGAUAUAGAUUUCGCUCUGAGAAAUAUGAGAAAGGAAGACCAGGAUGAUCCAACACCUAAUGGAUUGAGGCGCAUAGAAGACCUAGGUUUGGUAGAGAUAAAGCAUGCAGCAAGAUUAAAAAGUUUUGACCCAUUUGUGAUGGCUAGUCAAGUUACUCAAGUUUACUAUUUGUCGUACCCAUGCAAGAACAAGGAGUUGUCACCAUGGUGGGUUGUGUAUCAGGUUGCUCCACAUGGAUGUGUACCCCUAAAUACCGAUAAUAUUGAGUCAAUGAGUUCUGAAGGGCCAAUACAUGAUGUCUAUCAAGAGGAAGGAUUAGAUGGUACCUUUGUUAUUGAUUUGGGGGAUGCAUUGGACACCAUAAUCUCAUUGGGCUCUGACGAGAUAGCUAACCCAAAAGACUUAGAAACAAUAGAGAAAGCUGCUGUUGAAGAUGAAGGAUAUAAUGAAGAAGAUAUCGAGGAAGAGUACGAAAGCACAGAAGAAGAGGAGGAACUAAUGGAUGAAGAGGCUGAGGAGACUUAUGAUCCAAAUGAUUUCUGA